UCAUACCUGUGAACAUCGAACGUUCAAAUUUCGUAAACAUUACCAACACAAUUAAAACUUAUUUCAAUGUAUGUGUGAACCUCCCUAUCGAGCUGCUCCCUUCUUCUUUAACUUUGUUUCAAUAGCGGGGAUUCUUCCUUCAUCGCGUUUGACAGUUGGAGUUUUUUUUUGCCUUCGCAACGUUUUGUUUUGCAGCCGGACAGACUGGCCAGCUGAUGACGUUCGACCCAAACCAGCAGAUGCAGGCCACCAAGAGACCGCAUCCGGAGCGACGGUCCUUCACCACGCGCCCGGCGCAGCUGGCCAAGUAACGGCUGCGGACGGAAGCCAGCAGCAGCAAGUUUGUGUUCAACGUGGAUGCAGCAGCCCCAAACGGGACGUCCUCCGGCGUUGCUUCCGGUUGACGCGUCCGGAAUGCCCACGAAGAUAGCCAAAAAGAGAUCAACAAAGUGCAGCCGCAGCGGCCGCCGUUCCCGGAGGAUACCAGUUUGAGGCUAGUCCCGCUCCGGCACCCAUUCAA